CCUCCAGUAAGAUGGAAGGGUUCAUCCUCCCGACGCUAGGGUUCCCGCUCAGCUCUUGUGCUGAGGAAAUCGGAAGUUGGCUCAUGUGUUGUUCCUUGGGUUCUGCUGAGGCUGGAGCUCUCUGCACCCGCGACACGGUGAUCAAGGGCUUCUGUUUCCAGACGGGGAGGAGUGGCCGGCCAUGAAUAUUUUACAUUCAAGAGAUAAUCGUGAGUAUCAGAAGAGACUUUGGACAUUUGAACAGUGUUGGAGCUGUUACAGACUAUGAGAAUCAUUCAGAUUGCAGUGACCUAUGAUGAUGUGCAUAUCGACUUCACUUGGGAGGAGUGGACUUUCCUGGAUUCUUCCCAGAAGAAUCUCUACAAAGAUGUGAUGCUGGAGAUCUACAGGAACCUCACUGCUAUAGGCUACAGUUGGGAAGACCGUAAUAUUGAAGAACAUUGUCAAAGUUCUGGAAGAAAUGGAAGGUUCAAAAAAUGUCAUACUGGAGAGAAACCCUGUGAAUAUAUUCAAUGUGCAAAAGCUUUUUCACAACACAGUCAUCUUCAAAUGCAUGAAAGAACGUUUCCUGGGGAGAAACCCUACAAAUGUAAUCAUUGUGAUAAAGACUUUGCAUAUGCCACUAGUCUCCAACUACAUGAAAGAACACAUACUGGAGAGAAACCCUACAAAUGUAAUCAAUGUGAUAAAGACUUUUCACAACACAGUGAUCUCCAAAUACAUAAAAGAACACAUUCUAGAGAAAAAGCCCACAAAUGUAAUCAAUGUGAUAUAGCCUUUUCAAGUCACAGUCAACUGCAAAUACAUGAAAGAACACAUACUGGAGAGAAACCCUACAAAUGUAAUCAAUGUGAUAAAGGUUUUUCACAAUAUGGUAAUCUUCAAAUUCAUGAAAGAACACAUUCUGGAGAGAAACCCUAUGAAUGUAAUCAAUGUGGUAAAGCCUUUACAAGUGCCAGUAGUCUCCGAACACAUGAAAGAACACAUACUGGAGAGAAACCCUACAAAUGUAAUCGAUGUGAUAAAGCCUUUUCACAACACUGUCAUCUCCAAACACAUGGAAGAACACAUACUGGAGAGAAACCCUACAAAUGUAAUCAAUGUGAUAAAGACUUUUCACGACGCAGUCAACUCCAAAUACAUGAAAGAACACAUACUGGAGAGAAACCCUACAAAUGUAAUCAUUGUGAUAAAGACUUUGCAUAUGCCACUAGUCUCCAACUACAUGAAAGAACACAUACUGGAGAGAAACCCUACAAAUGUAAUCAAUGUGAUAAAGACUUUUCACGACACAGUGAUCUCCAAAUACAUAAAAGAACACAUACUGGAGAGAAACCCUAUAAAUGUAAUCAAUGUGAUAAAGCCUUUUCUGGACACAGUAAUCUUCAGAUUCAUAAAAGAAUACAUUCUGGAGAGAAACCCUAUAAAUGUAAUCAAUGUGGUAAAGCCUUUAUAUGUACCACUGAUCUCCGAAGACAUGAAAGUAUACAUGCUGGAGAGAAACCCUACAAAUGUAAUCAAUGUGAUAAAGGCUUUUCACAACACAAUGCUUUCCAAAUACAUAAAAGAAGACAUUCUGGAGAGAAACUCUACAAAUGUAAUCAAUGUGAUAAAGACUUUUCACGACAUAGUUAUCUACAAAUACAUGAAAGAAUGCAUACUGGAGAGAAACCCUACAAAUGUAAUCAAUGUGAUAAAGCCUUUUCAGAACACAAUGCUCUCCAAAUACAUAAAAGAACACAUACUGGAGAGAAACCCUACAAAUGUAAUCAAUGUGAUAAAGCCUUUGCAUGGACCACUAGUCUCCAAAUACAUAAAAGAGCACAUACUGGAGAGAAACCCUACAAAUGUAAUCAAUGUGGUAAAGCCUUUUCACAACAUAUUAAUCUUCAAAGGCAUGAAAGAAUACAUUCUGGAGAGAAACCAUAUGAAUGCAAUCAAUGUGGUAAAGCCUUUGCAAGUGCCAGUAGUCUCCAAAGACAUAAAAGAAUACAUACUGGAGAGAAACCCUAUGAAUGUAAUCAGUGUGGUAAAGCCUUUGCAUGUGCGAGUAAUCUCAGAGUACAUGAAAGAACACAUGCUGGAGCAUAACCCUAAAAAUGCAAUCAAUGUUUUAAAGACUUUUCAUGACACAUACUGGACAGAAACCCUACAAGUGUAAUCAAUGUGGUUUAAGCCUUUGCAUGUGACAGUAGUCUCUAAAUACAUAAAAGAACACAAUCUGGAAAGUAACCAUACAAAUGUAAUCAAUGUGAUAAAGCCUUUUCAUGACACAGUAAUCAUCAAAUGCAUGAGAGAACACAUUCUGGAGAGAAACCCUAUGAAUGUAAUCAGUGUGGUAAAGCCUUUGCAUGAAUCAGUAGUCUUUGAAAUCAUCAGAAAAAAUAAUCAAACUACAGAGAAACCUAGAAAGGUAGUGAGUGUGGCAAAGUUUUGCACUUCAUGUUAGUCUUUAUCACAAGAGUAAAUUUCAGUGUGUAAUUGGUAUUUUAAAGUCUUUUCAUUUUACAGUAGUCUUUGAGGACCUGAAAAAACUAAUACUCAAGGAAAUCUGGCCAUAAAGAGUUUGGUAAGAUCUUUACCCAACUGACUUAAAUUCAGUUACACAAGUUUAUUCUGGAGAAGAAAUCUGAUAAGUGUCACCAAUCUGUUCAAGCAUUGUGAUGUCUCUCUUUAUUUUAUUUGCACCUACAAACUCAUAUGAUGAAAAUAACUAUGAAUUUAAAUGAUGAGGUAACCCUUUUAAAUUCCACAGUUACAUGAAAUAACAAUCCAGUUGUAAAGUUUAAUGGAUGUGUAUUAAUGCCAUUUCUGUUGCUGUAUAAAAGUUUAUGUCUAAGUCAACUCAUGAGUGAGCCCUUGGUUCUAGAGGAUCUACAGGAUCACCAUCAAAGUGGCAUGGCAAGAAGUGUCAAACAUGGCAGCUAAAGCAGGAAGCUAAGAACUCACAUCUUCCACCUGCGAUAUGAAGGUGAAAAUGGGAACUGGAAAUGGUAUGUGGACGUGAAUUCAUGCUCAACCCCAGGGGAAUCCUUCUUCCAGCAGGGCAAGCAUUACCCAUAUCUUCCCAAAUGAUACUACCAACUGAGAAAGAUUGAUUUCUCUAACGUCAAGCCUACAUGCCUGCUUUCUGUUUUAUGAACCAGUUCAUGAUGAAGAAAAACUCUGUAAGUAAGUCUUUUGAUGCUUCCACACCUGGGUUACAGGAAUAAAUGCUUUAAGAGAAAAACA